CAGACCAAGAUGCUUCAGGGCUCAAAUAUCUUUGGGCAAGAGAGGCCCCUGGUCAUCAGGAUUUCAUUCCCAACCUGUGUGGCCACGACUGUGUGUCUGCCACUGCUCGGACUCAUAGCAUGUGUCUUCAUCUCCUCGGUUUUUCAUUAUGAGGACUCCACCGGCACACACUGCCAGGUUCCGAACUACCUGCCAUCCAUCAGUGCCUCAAUAAGCCUAAGCCCCGAGAGCCACAUAUGGCGCUUCUGCAUUGGACUGCACUCAGCCCCUAGGUUACUGGUGGCGUUUACCUACUUCAAAUUUUACAAGACGCGCUUCGCCUCCAAGUUCCCCGAGAGUUUGCUCAGCCGCUUGAACCUGGCCUUCUCUCUUACUGAGAACCUCGGCCUCUUGCUCCUCACGUAUGUGUCGUCCAGUGAGACAUACUUUGUACAUAAGGAAGGCUUCGUCCUGUUCCUUGUCAGCUCCCUCAUCCACAUGCUGAUAACCUGCCGUUUGUGGAAGGCUAUUAAGAAGUAUUCUCUGAGUCCUGAGGAUGCAAAGUCUCACCUCUGGAAAGUGCGUUUUUUACUCCUCAACGUAUCCUUCUGUGGUUUUGCUGGAUUUUUUUAUUAUAAACACAACAUGUACUGUGAAUCAGGGAGUUAUACAUUUUUCGCCCUGUUUGAGUAUCUCGUGGUCUUCUCCAACAUGGCCUUCCAUCUCACGGCGGUGUGGGACUUUAAGAGCCGGGAGGUCAUGGUCAUUUCGUCCUCUGAAGAUAAAACCUUCUGA